AUGGAAAUGAGCAGCGCCGAGCUUCGUAACCAAGAUGUGGUGAGAGUGCUGACGAAUGAGCACGCCAAGAGUCAAGGAGAAAAAAGGACAGCAACAGCGACUACAGUGAAGGCUGAAGAUGCAAGCAAGGCAUUCAGCGCCGAGCGUUAG